AUGGCCGAACAAAAUAUCAAAAUCCCAUUUGCCUACCGGGCACUUUUCCUUUAUUUCGAACCCUUUGCAGCCUUGUUUGGCGCGGUGCUGCUUCACUUUCGCCCAGAGAUAUUCCUCAAUACGAUGUCUCCGGUUGCGAAAUAUGCGGCAGACAACCAGGUCAUCUACGACCAGCUCUCGGCGACGUACACAUUAUUUGCCUUCAAUGAAGCCGUCGUUUUGCGUGUCACCAAGGAUUUGCGUGUCUGGAAAGCACUCUUGGUUGGCAUUCUCGUGUGUGAUGCUAUACAUCUGUAUGGGAGCUGGGCGGCACUUGGCGGCGACGUGUUCUGGGACGUGCGAUCCUGGAGGGCCGAGGAUUGGGCGAAUCUCGGAAGCCUUUGGGGACAAGGAGCCUUUCGGGUGGCUUUCUUGGCGGGAAUUGGACUGAAUGAAGCUAUUCCUGUGAAGAGGGAGUGA